GCUGUGUAGACAUUCGGCACACAUUUCCUCGCGUUAGUUGUGCUGCGUGGUUACAUCGGCUGUGGGGUGCUGGCGUGGGCGCGAAGGGAGCUGGUGUGGUAAUUUGGGAGCACGCCAUCUUCAUCUGUAGUGCUAGAAAAAGUCGAAACAGAGUAGUGGCCUGGAGCUGAAUACAGACACCUGAUAUUUGGAUGCUGAUAUCUGGUGGUUCAACUUCUGCUGCAUAUUUGUGAUACUCAAGAAGAAUACAGUGUGAUUGCCAUGGCUGACAAAGGAAAGGCCGAGGAGCUGAAGAAGCAAGGCAACGCGGCCACGGCGGCGGGCAACCAUCAGGAGGCGGUGCGGCUCUACUCGGAGGCCAUACAGGCCGACCCGACCAACCACGUGCUCUGGAGUAACCGGUCGGCCGCGCACGCCAGCCUGAAGCAGUACGAGGCGGCGUUGUCCGAUGCCGAGAAGGCGAUCGAGCACCAGCCCGACUGGUCGAAGGGCUACUCCAGGAAGGGCCUGGCGCUGACGUACCUGCAGCGGCACGCCGAGGCGAUCCAGGCGUACGAGGAGGGACUGCGGCGCGAGCCCGGUAACAGCUUGCUCCAGCAGGGCCUGCAGGACGCCCGGGCCGCGCAGCAGGCCAGCCAGUCGGCAGGACCCGGAGGGGCGUUCCCGAACCCGUUUGCAGACCCCAUGCUGAUGAUCAAGCUGGCCACCAACCCGAAGACAAAGCACCUGGUGGAGGACGCCGAGUUCAUGGCCAAGCUGAAGAUGCUGCAGGCCAACCCGACGAUGUUGUCCAGCUGUCUGCAGGAUCAGCGCAUCAUGCUGGCCCUCGGCGCGCUCAUGGGCGUGGACCUGCAGGCGGGCCCCGGCGCUGAUGACGAGAUGCGUGACGAGUCGCCGCCGCGACCGGCGCCCGACAAGCAGGAGAGCGCGGCGGCGGAAACAUCGUCCGAGCAGCGCCAGGCCAAGGAGCAGAAAGAGCUGGGCAAUGCUGCAUAUAAGAAGAAGGACUUCAACACGGCAAUACAGCACUACGAGAAGGCGCUGGAGCUGGACCCCACCGGCAUGACCUACCUGCUCAACCUAGCAGCCGUCCACCUGGAGGAUGGCCAGUACCAAAAGUGCAUCGACACGUCGCUCAAGGCCGUGGAGCUGGGCCGUGAGAACCGUGCCGACUACAAGCUUAUCGCCAAGGCGUUCUCCCGCUGUGCGCUGGCGUACAGCAAAAUGCAGGACUACCAGCAGGCGAAGAACUUCUACGAGAAGUCGCUGUCGGAGCACCGCACGGCCGACGUGAAGACCCGCUUGUCGGAGGUGGAGCGGAAGCUGCGCGAGCAGAAGGAGGCGGCCUACCGCGAUCCGGCCAAGGCCGAGGAGGAGCGCGAGCGGGGCAACGAACUCUUCAAAAAAGGGAACUACCCGGAGGCCAUCAAGGCGUAUACGGAGGCGAUCAAGCGGAACCCGGACAAUGCCAAGACGUACAGCAACCGAGCGGCGUGCUACACAAAGUUGGCCUCCUUCGACCUGGGCCUGAAGGAUUGUGACGCAUGCAUCAAGCUGGACCCCACCUUCAUCAAGGGACACAUCCGGAAAGGCACGCUGCUGAAGGGAAUGCAUCAGUUUGACAGGGCUAUGGAGGCCUUCCAGAAAGCUAUCGAACUAGACGAAAACAACCAGGAGGCCAUCAACGGCUACAGGGAGUGCAUGGUGUCGAUGGACAACGACCCGGACCAAGUGAAGAAGCGGGCGCUCUCCGAUCCCGAGGUCCAGAACAUCCUGAGCGAUGCCAGCAUGCGGCUGAUCCUGGAGCAGAUGCAGGACAACCCCAACGCCGCCAGAGAACACAUGAAGAACCCGGACAUCGCGGCCAAGAUCCAGAAGCUGGUGCAGUGCGGUCUGAUUGCCUUCCGCUGAGUGGUGCUGGGCGCCGGAUCGGAUCGGAGCGUGCGUGCCGCGGCCUCCGCCAGCCGGCGGGUGGCACCAGCCCGGGCCCCGGCUGGUGCCGUGACACUAGCGGACGGACUCGGGGACCGGACCGCGUGCCGGUCGCGCCGCCGCGCGCCGCCGCGCCCCCGCGGGCCGUGUCGACCGCAGUGGUCGCCGCAGGUCGGGGGGCCGCCGGCUGCUCGUUUGCCCGUUGAUUUGGCCUGUCCAAGUAACACGAUACAUUCGCGCCAGACCUGCGUUGGCCAGGCGGGCAUAGCCAGGUGAGGCGGGCUGGCGCUCGUUAAGCGUAAUAUACCGACAUUGCCGGACUCGCGUCUGUGGGCGACCGGCCCAACUCCGGCUACUUUGUCGGCACUGUUCAGCCAGCCUAGUGUACCAGCCCACGAGAACGCGGAGGCGCCGGCUACAGAGCGCCGACUCGUGGCUUUUGUCAGUGUCACGUGCACGGUGGAACAGUGUCAAAUUACACAGUGAGGUUCGUGCCUGG